CGGCACCAGGCAGGCAGAGGCACCGGCGAAAACGAACAAGUCCACGUCCACCACCUCUCGGGAAUCCACGACCACCACAGGAAAAAGAGACGAGCGCGGCGCCCCUUUAUCCGCGAUCACCUGUGUUCCUCGCUGCCGCUGCAUCUUCUUCGGACCCGCCUCGCGCAGUGCACCGUUCCCAUGGCCGAUUCAGCCGCGCUCUCCACCUCCCUCCCCCGCUCGCUGGCGUCCAGGAGGCCCCUCUCGUCCCCUCUCCACGCCAGGGCCAGAGCCCGCUCCCAGCUCGAUUCGCGCUCGCUCCACCGGUUGCGUGCUCGGGCGGGGAAGGACGAUCCGGAGGACCUCUACGGACCCUACCCAUGGGACCAGCCCUUGGAUCUCACCACUGGGUUCGACAUUCAGUGGGUGCCAGAAGACAGAGUCACGCUGUUCACUUCUGAUGGGCUGAUCCAAAUUGGGGGUUCCCUGGUUCCUCGCCGAGUUAGUGCUUCUGAGAAGAGGCAACGGAAACUGAAAAGCGCACAAAAGUUGCGCCGGUUUCAGGAGAGCUCUUACAUGGAUCCAAAUCAAAGUCUUUGCCUUGGAGCACUAUUUAACAUAGCAGCAACAAAUGGCCUAGACAUGGGCAGAAGAUUAUGCAUCUUUGGCUUUUGUCGUUCUAUUGAAAUGUUAAGCGAUGUAGUGGAAGAUACAGUAUUGGAGCAUGGUGGCGAGGUUGUCACUGCAGAGAAAGCAAGCAAUGACGGCCUCCAGGAGAAGCUAAUCAUGUCUGUCGCAGUACCAUUGCUGUGGGGUGUUCCUCCAGCAUCAGAGACCCUCCAUGUCGCUGUGCGGAGCGGUGGAGGUAUUGUCGAUAAGAUCUAUUGGCAGUGGGACUUAUUCUAGGAUGUCCGGAGCCAAAACGUUAACAAAAUUGAUUCCACGAUGUAUAUACAUAUAUCUCUCUAAUUCUCUGCACGCAUUGUGCAGGAAGUGUAAACUUAGUAUCUACCUGUACAGUCCCGGUCACCCUUGUGCAUAUAUAAAAAAACUCUGGGGCCACGUCUCAUUUUUCAUGCA